CUUAUAUUUACAUAAGUUUUUCCCAUAUAUACACAUCUAAAUAUACUUUAAAUAUCUAUUUAAUACAAAUAAAGUUCUAAUAAGCUAUUUUAAUAUUCUUAAAAAUCUAUAUUUCUCGCAUAAAACAACGUAUAGACAAUGCGUAUAAAAGAUAUUAUGAGAAUAUAAAUUUGAUUAGAGUAAUUUAAUUAGAAAACAAGAUAAAAAAAUGCACGAAAUGAACAAAUCUUUCCCUGGAAAUAAGGAUCUUGACAAAAAUAAGCAAGAUUUGUUUGUAUUUUGCGAUUUUGAUGGAACCAUUGCAAUCCAAGAUAGUGGAAAGAUUUUGUUUGAUCGUUAUGGAUGUAGUCCAGAAAAGCAAGAAAAGCUUGAAGAAGUACUUCGUCGUGGAGAACGAUCAUUUCGGGAUAUUUCAGAAGAAUUAUGGGGAUAUCUAAAGCUUUCUUUGUCAGAAGGUAUUGAUAUAGUUGUUCAAGAAUUAGAAGUAGAUCCAGGAUUUUAUAAUUUUUAUAAUUUCUGUUUAAAUUCUAGUAUUCCAUUUUGGAUCAUUUCAUCAGGACUUUAUCCUUUGCUUAAAGCAUCUUUAUCUAAAUUUUUAGGAGCUGAAAUGGCCGAACAUAUUAAAAUUAUCUCAAACGAUGUAGAAGUGAAUCCAGAAGGAAUUUGGAAACCAAUAUGGCGUGAUGAUACUCCAUUUGGUCAUGAUAAAGCAGCAUCAAUUAAAAAUUGUAUAAAAAAUUACUCAAAUAAUGAAUCAAAAGAAUUAUCUCCUGUUAUUAUAUUUAUUGGAGACGGAGUUUCUGAUUUUUCUGUUGUAAAUAGCGUAGAUAUCUUAUUUGCUCGAAAAGGCUUUUCUCUUGAAAAGUAUUGUCUCGAACAUUCAAUUCCUUAUAUUUCUUAUGAAACAUUUGACGACGUUCAACGAGAAAUAACUGCCAUUCUAUAUAACAGCUACCAAUAUACACCUAUAAUUGAACCAGCAACUUUAGAACCUGUUUGCUCUAACUUUUUACAAGUACCUAAGACACCUGCUUUAAAUUAAUUUUUUACGCCUUACUUUUAACAAUUGUUCUUAACGCUUUCUCUAUUAAAUCAUACGCUUAAUCUUUAAGUCUAAUAUUCGCUUUAAUUAUUUUAUUCUUUUAAACUUAAUGCUUAUUUGCAUUAUUAGAUUAGUAAACUUUAGAAUUCUGUUUAUUUUUAAACUUAUGAAUUUUAAUGGCUUAAUCUUAUCUUUUAUCAAACCUCUUGAAUAUCGAUUUCUC